UAUAAAAGUUCCUCGGAAUCUAUGCACUAAGCUUAACGUACAUGACCAUUUUUUCACCCUCAAACGGCUAGUUUUAUUUUUUCUACCCAUACGUACGCUAUGUAACCUUUUCAGUCUCACUAAUCGAUCACACCCACUUUUCCUCUCCUUCUUGGAAACUCACCAAAUCCUCAACACUAUUUACACUACUGAGAAAACAACUCAACAAACAAAAUACCACACUUUAGGAAUCCAACUUCACUUUCAUCUUCUCCUUCUUGCAUCACACCUUCUAAAAGAGUGAACAAAGAAAAAACAUAGCAAAAAACAAAAUGGCUAUGUUUCUCUUCAUUCUACUCUCCUUAAUAUUCAACAACAUAUCAAAUAUAUCAGCUUUGUCAUCUCAACCAGGAAUCUGCUACGGUCAACUAGGAAACAACCUUCCAAAACCUCAAAAUUCAAUAUCACUAAUCAAAUCCCUAAAUUCAAAACGCAUCAAAAUCUACGACACAAACCCACAAAUCCUAACAUCCUUAAAAAACACAAACAUUCAAGUCUCAAUCAUGCUCCCAAACGAACUCAUUACCAACAUCUCCACAAACCAAACACUCUCAGACCAAUGGAUCAAAUCCAACGUUGUGCCUUUCUACCCACAAACCCUAAUUCGUUACCUCCUUAUAGGAAACGAAAUCAUCUCUUCAACACCAAAUUCCACGUGGCCUCACCUCGUUCCCGCUAUGCGAAGAAUCAAACACUCACUCAAAAAAUUCAGAAUUAAAAAAAUCAAAGUUGGUACUUCUUCCGCUAUGGAUGUUCUAGAAACUUCUUUUCCACCUUCAAACGCUGCGUUUCGUAAAGACAUAGCGGUUCAAGUUAUUAAACCCAUGCUUCGUUUUUUGAACCGGACCAAGUCUUUUUUCUUUUUAGAUGUUUACCCGUUUUUCGCUUGGAGUUCCGAUCCGGUUCAUGUAAACCUAGAUUACGCUCUUUUUCGAGCCACUAAUGUUACCGUUAAGGAUCCAGGUUCGGGUUUGGUUUACACGAAUUUAUUUGAUCAGAUGGUUGAUGCGGUUUAUUUUGCAAUGGAGAAACUCGGGUUUCCGGAUAUUCGGAUCUUUAUUGCGGAAACGGGUUGGCCCAAUGGAGGUGAUAUUGAUCAGAUUGGUGCUAAUGUUUUUAAUGCUGCUACUUAUAAUCGGAAUUUUAUAAGAAAGGUUAUGAAAAAACCGGUUGUUGGGACUCCGGCUCGACCGGGUUUGAUUCUUCCGAGUUUUUUAUUUGCUCUUUUUAAUGAGAAUAUUAAACCGGGUCCGGGUACAGAGCGGAAUUUUGGAUUGUUGUAUCCAAACGGGUCGAGGGUUUAUGAGAUUGAUCUUUUUGGGAAGACUCCAGAGUCGGAUUUUCCAGCGCUUCCUCCGCCGGAGAAUAAUGAACCUUAUAAAGGAAAGAUUUGGUGUGUAGCGGCGCGUGGCAGUAAUUUGACGGAGUUAGGGGAGGCUUUGUCGUAUGCUUGCUCUCAAGGGAACCGGACUUGUGAUGCGGUUCAACCCGGGAAAAAGUGUUUUAAACCGGAAUCGAUUUUCUGGCAUGCGAGUUAUGCGUUUAGUUCUUAUUGGGCGCAGUUUAAGAAGAUUGGGGGAACUUGUUACUUUAAUGGGCUUGCUACUCAAACUGCAAAGGAUCCAAGUUAUGGAUCUUGCAAGUUUCCAAGUGUGACACUUUGAAAGAGGAGAUGAAUCGUGAAAAUGGAGUCCUCUUCAACCUGCAAUUUUAACCAUUCAUUAAUUAAUAUUUCUAUGACAAUAGGAAAUUUGAAUUUGGGGUCUUUUAUUGUAGUUUGAUGUUGCUUUUAUUUGACCCAUCAAUGCCGUUCCUUCUCUAGGAAUCAUUUAACCCGCCAUGGAGGAACUUGCUUAGAUGAAUGAUUUUGAAUACUCACAACAACUAUUACCAUUAUUUGAUCAUGAUGUUAGAAUAAAGUCACAUGAACUUGUUUAUUUUACUAUUGCUGUCAUUUGUUCCUUGGACUUAGUUUAUCUUAAGUGAAAAAUACAUGAAUUAUUGUUAUUUGAGUGAAUAUAAUAUUAAUCA